AUGAGGACUACCGCAUUCCGCCUCCGUGCGCACGCGCGGAGUCAGCGGCGCCUCGGGCGCAGGGACCACAAUACCCAGGGUGCUCCGCGCCCUCGCUGCCGCGGCUGUCGCCGAGACCAAGAUGGCGGGGAGACUCGCUGCCUUCUUCAAGAAUGCCUGGGCCAAGGAGCCGGUUCUGGUCGCGUCCUUCACCAUCGGGGGCCUCGGUGCGUGAGCGCGAAAGUUCAUCACCCCAAACGACUUUCCAGCUUUACCUCUUCCAUCCGCUCCAGAGUUCCCAUCGUCCUACCCUCAGCAUUCUGUGAACCCAUCACUAUAAUUCUGCCCCCCCUCAGCCCCUUCACCAAGUAUGCCACCAUGAUCAACCAAGUCACACCCUACAACUACCCAGUGCCCGUCCGAGAUGAUGGGAACAUGCCUGACAUACCCAGCCACCCCCAGGACCCCCAGGGCCGAAGCUUGGAGUGGCUGAAGAAACUGUGAGCAGCUCCACUGACAGGGACGAGGAUCCCCACCAUGGCCCUCAAUAAAAAUGUGAAAACCAA